CAAACACCACCUCGCUCGUCUUCCUCCUCCCCGUCCCCAUGCACGCAUCCAUACUUUCAGCACCCUGCACACGCCUCCCUCUCUCUCCUCUUUUCUCCUGCACACCUCACUCACUCUCUCUCCUCCUCUCCCUAUAUAUGCACACACACAUGAUAUGCACCUCCCAAUCCCAACACCAACUCUCUCAUCUCACUACAACAUUGCAUCAUUGGUGCACAAGCAAAAUAGCUUCUUCUUAACAAAGCACAGAUUUGCUCUCUAGCUUCAUCGCUGCAAUUUCCACUCAGGAAAACGGAAGGCAAGAAAGCUUGGUCGCUGCAGCAAUGGAGGUGAUACUGGACAAUGCCGCCGGUGUCUCGGCUGGGGAGGUGGCCGGGCAGUACUGUGGCGUGAGGAAGAGGAAGUGGGGCAAGUGGGUGUCAGAGAUCAGGGAGCCCGGCAAGAAGACUCGCAUCUGGUUGGGCAGCUUCGAGUCGCCGGAGAUGGCAGCGGUAGCGCACGACGUCGCUGCGCUACGCCUGCGCGGCUGCGAGGCACGGCUCAACUUCCCCGGACUCGUCCACCGCUUCCGCCACCCGGCCACCGCGGAGCCCGAGGACGUCCGGGCCGCCGCGCUCGAGGCCGCGGCCCAGGUCCGGUUCAGGCCCGACCUCGUAAUGCAGCCCUAUGGCUGCGGCGGCGGCGGAGGCGGCCCGGACCUGCUGGGUGACGCGGCGUGGAACGUCCUGCUCGGCGCCGAUGAGCUGACAGCCGAGUCGCCCAACAUGUGGGCUGAGCUGGCCGAGGCCAUGCUCAUGGCCCCACCUGUCUGGGAGAGCAACGUGGCACACAAUGACGAGUGGGCUCAGGUCUCUCUCUGGGACUCAUCCGUAUGGAACUGCUAAUCCAGGGCCCCACCAGCCGGUGCAUCUUCGCAUCCUUUGAUUUUUAGAGGUGUGAAAUACUGCAAUCCGAUCCUUUAAUCUUCCCAAAACCAUGGAGAAUGUUCUGAUGAUCCCUUUCUUUGUUUCUGAACUCCUGGUCUGCCCGUGUGCCAUUUCUGGGUAGUUAGCACAGGUCUAACUAGCACGUGCAAUUCACGUGGGUAAAAAAAAGCAUGAUGUAAUUAUUUUCGUUCUCUCUCAUGGAUGUGAGAGAGGCCGUUGAAAAUACAGUUCCAAGAAUGUGAUUGGAAUAGUGAUUGGUGUGGGAAAAAGGGUUUCCAUUUCUUGUCAGAGAUAAUUAGAAUUUGGAUAACAAACUUGUUCUUAAUCUUUUGCCAUCCGAUAAAUG